CUUCGCGGAGGAGACACGUGUCGGACCAUCUCGCUGUCUGGGAACUAACCAGGGGGGAGGGGGCGCUUGCUUACAAUCCACUGUUUACACAGGGGGGCUUUGCAAACUCUCCCCACAACCUCGGUGGCCUGUGCGCUUUGUGUGUGAUGCUCCUCAACCUCCUCCAGAUGUUCUUAUCUAAUCAUCCGUUCUGAAUGGAAGCUCUGUCUAAGUCAACCCCGCGUUCAGUUCUAACACAAACUGAAGCAGGGUCGGCCUUGCAUUCAUUAUACAGAACAGGCAGUGGCCCCGGAGCGCGCAGAAAGAUGAACACCAUCGUUUUCAAUAAAUUUGCCAACCAGGUUCUUUUCGAAGAAAAGGCAAAUGAGGUGGAGAGGAACAGCAGAACGUACAUCGAAGUGAUGGAGGAACAGCACCGGGAGCUAAUGAUGCCGGACAGCCCGUCUAGCAGAAGUCAACGGGGUCUGCGGCACAGGAGGUCAGGCUCUCGGCAGGGCGGUGGAAAAGUCAGGCACAAACGACAAGCUCUUCAGGAUAUGGCUCGACCCUUGAAACAAUGGCUCUACAAACACCGAGACAACCCCUACCCGACCAAAACGGAAAAGAUUCUGUUGGCCCUUGGAUCCCAGAUGACCCUGGUACAAGUUUCCAACUGGUUUGCAAAUGCUAGGCGUCGCCUGAAGAAUACUGUUAGACAACCAGAUUUGAGCUGGGCCUUACGCAUAAAGUUAUACAACAAGUACGUACAGGGCAACGCAGAACGACUCAGCAUUAGCAGUGAUGACACAUGUUCGGAAGAUGCAGAACAUCCACCCAGGAACACUGCAGUUGGUGAAUUCCACAAACCCCUUCAGGCUGCGAUUAAAAAGGAAAGUCCCAUUCUGAAGGCAGUUGGCAGGGCAGGCACACUAAUCAAUGAAGAUUAUGUGUCCCCACCAAAGUACAAGAGCAGCUUGUUACAUCGAUACUUAAAUGACUCGUUAAGGCAUGUCAUGGCAUCAAACGCCGCUAUGCAAGCUGCCGACAGGAAAAGAAACCAUUCCGGCUCUUUCAGCUCCAAUGAAUAUGAGGAAGAAUUAGCUUCACCAUCAUCAUCUGAAGCAGACGGGAACUUUGUGUAUCGUACUGAAACAGUGGAACACGGACCGAACCGAUUAACCAGUUAUCCAAAGAACAAAGAAACUUCCAAAGAUGAAACCUACUGGAAGGAAAUUAACGCUGCCAUGGCUUUAACAAAUCUGGCACAGGCUAAAGGCAAAAUACAAGGAACAACCAGCUGCAUCAUUCAGAAGUCUUCGCAUAUUUCCGAAAUAAAGACUUUGAAAAUUUCACCGUGUAAACCAUUUUAAAAAAAGGUUUAUGUAACAAGACUUUUCAGAAGCAAAAGCAUUCCAUGUAUGUAUAUUAAACAAGUGCUGCAAUCAAAUGCUGACUCCUGGCUCUUGAGGCCAGUUUAGAAUAAAUCUUUUUUGAUCUAAUCUUAUGUUUAUUAAUAUAUUUAGGAUCUUGCAGCAGUUUUAAAUCUUUGUAAUUGCACACAUUUCUGCUGUUGUUGGCCAGCUUAUUAUUUUUUAAAUCAAGAACUGACUGUAAAUUGUUAAAACGGUACAAUUUCUAUCAAAGUAUUAACUUAUUUUAUAUUACUCAAAUUAAUCUUUGACAUCUCAUGUUGAUGUUGUCGGCAUGAAUAUAAAGUAAUAUAAAUAAUAUAUCAAUAGGCUACAAGUUGCACACUGAAGCAUUUCUAUCGCAGUGAAAUUGUACUUUUGUAUAACAAGAUCAGUUCCAUAUUGUAAAGCUCAAUUUUUGACAAACAAAGCAAAAAAGUCGACAACAGAGGAAUGUACAUUGUGGUCCUGAAAAAAAAAACAUUGGGAUUGUUUCGGCAUGUCACUUUAUUUUGAUUGUACUCUGUUGAUAUUGCUUUGCCUCAGAGAACAUGUUAAAAGCACAUGAGAACUGGCAAGUCAUACAGAUCGAAACUGUGAUCUAGUUAUAAGCAGCUACCUAUUGCACUCAGGAUUCACUUGUGCCAAAUUAUUAGCCAACAUUAAGCUGGAAGAUUCCAUAUUUAAGACAUGCUCAAACAAUCACUUUCCAUGAUGAGCAUAUUCCAAAUUAAAAUAUAAAAUAAUCCAUUGGCCUAAGUUCUAAGAGCAGAAUACUACUCUGCCAUUUAAUCAUGGCUGAUCUAUCUUUCCAUCUCAAUCCCAUUCUUCUGCCUUCCCCAUAAUGGUGGCGCAGCGGUAGAGUUGCUCCCUUACAGCGCCGGAGACCCAGGUUCGAUCCUGACUACAGGUGCUGUCUGUACGGAGUUUGUGCGUUCUCCCCGUGAGCUGCAUGGGUUUUCUCCGAGAUCUUCGGUUUCCUCCCACACUCCAAAGACGUGCAGGUUUAUAGGUUAAUUGGCUUGGUAUAAAAUGUAAAAAAGUAUAGGGUGGUGUUAAUGUGCAGGGAUUGCUCGUCAGCGCAGACCCGUUGGGCCGAAGGUCCUGUUUCUGCGCUAUAUCUCUAAACUAAACUAAAACCCCUCACACCCUUACUAACAACCCCUGAUACCCUUACUAAUCAAAAAUCUGUCAAUUUCUGCCUUAAAAAUAUCAAUUGGCUUCCUCAGCCCUCUGUGGCAAUACAUUUCACAGAUUCACCACCCUCUGACUAAAGAAAUUCCUCCUCAUCUCCUUCCUAAAGGUAUGUCCUUUUAUUGUGAGGCUCGGACUUAUGCCUCAGAUCCUAGGCAUAAAUUAGAUUCAGUGAAGAAAUAGUAUUAUUUUUUUUUAACAACCCAAGCACAAUGGACUUAAAAACAUGAAGAAAUAGAAGGCUGAUUAUUAUAGGAUAACACCUUACAGGCAGUUUAACACACAAUCUACUACAUUAGGGUGGAAUUUUUUCUAAGGUGGAGGUUUGCAUAUUUACAACCAAAUCUCAUGCUGAUCUUAUUAACAAAAUAUUAACCAAAGUGACAUAACUGAAGAUAUUGGUGAACAUAAUCAAAGCCUAAAAAAUGAGGUGAAUUCACAUCAAAUAUUCCUUUCAAAUAUUAAAAUUGGAGUUUCAAGCCACAAGUGCAAGAACAUGCAGUUGUGGAAGAUUUUCAAUAUUUAAUGUUUAAUUCACCAUGCUGAAAUAAAUAACUGGAAAUAAAAAUGCAAUUCUCAUAGAGCAUAGUUUUUAAUUAUUUUCAAAGUAAAUUUCUGCUUCCUGUUGAGCCUUAUAAUUAAAUUUGAAUUCGAAUCUGCAUGCGAACCAUGAAAUAUCGAGAUAAACUAGGAGUGGAACCAUUAUAAUUCACUUGUAGUCAAAGGUUGAUAGACACGCCUUAGUUACAUGCAUAACACCCAUGUAUUCCAAUUACCUCAGCCAUUUAGGUUGUUUCAUGAUUCUCUUGUUUUAAACUCCCUAUGUUGCUGUGGAAUUUGAAUUUUCUCUGUUUGUGCUAUAUUGGUCUUCGAAGCAUGCUGGUAAUACUGUCUGCUUGGUGGUCAGAUGGAAUGCGUUGAGUACUUGUUUAGGUGUAAGAUAUGACAUGAGAAAGCAAUCUUACAUCUCUUCAACCUACCUCAGCACAUAUUGGCAACUGGUGGAAAAUAUGCUUGAAGAGAUGUGUGUAUAGUCUUGCCGCUGACUGGAUAGCAUGCACCAAAAAAGCUUUUCACUGUACCUUGGAAAAGGUGACAAUGAAAUUAACCUAAACUAAUCUAACCUUUCAAGCUUUCUUUGUGAUUUAAUUAGCAAGGUCCAAUGCCAACAUUACCUUUAUCUGAUAUUCAGGAACCAAACAAUUCCAAAUUUCUAACAUAUCAAAGGAAAUAAUUCUAUAUGAUUUUUAAACAAUAUUUCCUAUUUUGAAAUGUAUCAAAUCCAAUGUAAUAUUUUAGGGCCAUCCAGUGUAACUUCAUUCUGAACCAUGCCCUCUUCUUUGUGCAGUGAACAUAAUGUAUUUUGGGAUAAUAUUUGUACAUAUUUUUGUAUCUUUUUUGCAAAUUGUAAUAUGCCCUUAAGUGUAAAACACAUAACUGACUUCUGAUUUUGGCCUGUAUAAAAGAAAGCUGCUUUAAAAUAAAAGCUUUUUAUGGUAGUGUGUUUUUUAAUAUAUCUCAAUCAAGUAAAGUAUUAUUUUCAAUUGUU